ACUUUAAGUCUCAACAAUGUUCUGGCUAACCCUCGCCGCUCUGGCGAGCCAGGCGACUUCUGCUUCUGCCUCAGCUCUUCCGGUGAAGCUUGAGACUCGCACGGAACUCAACUCGCGCCUUACGAAUAUUCACAUAUCGAUUGAUACCCCGAUCGAUGGCGAGGUGACGUAUACUUACGGCCGUUGCAACAACAAGGCCCUCCAUGAGGCUCACCACACAGUUGGCCGAGGCUCGGGUGACAAGGACUCACGGAUGGUAUGGAUUCUACCCGACGAUGCCUGGUUCGACGGAUGCAUCUCGGCAUGGGAUGAGUUAGGAUCCUUAAUUGGCCGUAGCGAGCCGCAGCGACUUAGCAGGAGGAAGUUGAAGAGACGAGGCGCUAACACCAUUGAGAUGACGAACGCCACCGGCAUCGAUGCCUGGGGGCCGUGGUUCGACGGCGUCGAGCUGCUCAAGAACAAGGAGAUCAGUGCCUUCGACGCUCAGCAGGCCAAGUGCAAGGAAGUGGCUAUCGUGGGAGCAGGCAUGUCGGGUCUGAUGACCUACCUGGUUCUCACGCAGGCCGGCAUGAAGAAUGUGAAGAUUAUUGAGGCUGCUCAACGCCUUGGUGGAAGAGUCCAUACUGAGUACCUCACCGGUGGUCCGUUCGACUACUCCUAUCAGGAGAUGGGCCCCAUGCGAUUUCCGGAAACGAUUGUUUAUUCGAAUGAGUCUUAUAACAUUACGGAUCAUCAAUUGGUGUUCCAAUUGGCUCGUGAGAUGAACAAGAUCAACAACUACAACAAAAACUGGAGCGUUGACUUCAUCCCCUGGCACCAGUCUAGUCCCAACGGACUGUACUACCACAACGGCAUCAAGCUGGACAAUGGACUACCACCAACCGUCACCCAGGUUAGCAAGAAUGCUUCUCUAAAGGUCACUUAUCCCGAGAACCCGUCAACUUCGGCUUUGUCAAGCAAGAUCGACGCUAUCUCCGCAAACGAGACUUUCAUGAUUGAAAUCGCGACCAACAUGUUCAAGGCCCACAAGGAUUUCUUAGUAAAUGGUCUUGGUGGCCUCGGAGGUGAUACCUGGUCCGAGUUCGCGUAUAUGGUGAACUACCUAAAUGCAACCCUGAACGACACCGACGUGCUUGGCGGCGACUCAAGUUCAUUCUGGGACUCCCUCUACGAAGGCGUAUACUUCGACGCCGCAACCUGGCGAACCAUCGACGGCGGUCUCAGCCGCCUCCCCACAUCAUUCCACCCCCUAGUAGACAAAGUCACAACCAUGAACCGCAAGAUCGAGCGCGUAGAAUGGCUCGACGACACCAAGAAAGUGAAGCUACAAUGGCGCAACAAGUUCACCGACAAAGUAUUCCAAAACGCCUCGUACGAUUACGCCGUCUUCGCGCUCCCCUUCUCCAUGGUCAAGAAGAUGCGACUCCCAUACCUCCCCACCACCAUCUCCAACGCAAUCACCAACCUGCCCUUCGAAUCCGCCUGCAAAGUCGCGCUCGAAUACAAAACACGUUUCUGGGAACACUACGAGAACCCGAUCUACGGCGGCUGCUCCACGUCCACCGACAUCCCAGGCAUCGGGUCGAUCUGCUACCCGUCAUACUGCAUGAACUGCAGCGGGCCCGCCACAAUCCUCGCGUCCUACGCGUCGGGCGACUGGGCCGCGCGCUGGGUUUCGGUGCCUGAGGCCGAACACGUGCAGUACAUGGUGGACGCAAUGGUCGAGAUCCACGGCGACGUCGCGAGGACGCAGUAUACCGGCAAGUAUAACCGGCGCUGCUGGAUGCUGGACCCGUAUGAGGGCGGCAGUUGGGCGAGUCCGACGAUUGGACAGCAUCAGCUUUAUUUGCCGGAGUAUUUCAAGACGUAUAAUAACAUGAUCUUCGUUGGCGAGCAGACGUCUUAUACGCAUGCUUGGAUUGCAUCGGCGCUUGAGUCGGGUAUCCGUGGUGGUGUGCAGUUGCUCCUUGAACUCGGACUUGUCGACGAGGCUAAGGCCACGGUUGAGAAGUGGAUGGCGAGGUGGAUCGAUGUUGUGAGUACCUUUCCCCCUUAA